AUGGAACGAGCGCUGAGAAAGGAAAACACAAAAAGAGAGCUGUUGUGUAUCAUGAAGACGACAAUCCCAGGAGAUACGGCACUUUCAGCAUACCCUGAUGGUCACCAUCAUCAUGGCAGCAGAAGCGGAAGCGUCGACGACUACACCAAAGGCUCUGCAACGUCCGACGAGUAUAAACGACGUAUGCACGAAACACGCGAGAAAUUGCGAGAACAACGAAGAGCCGAAACCGAGGAUUCGAGCAACUUCUAUAAAAUCCUCGCUGCGGCGUUAGCUUUGCUUAUUGUGUUCGACGUUAAGUACACAAUGAAUUUGGAAGUGAUGCGAUAUCAACUCGGAGUACUCACUGAAAAUAUCGACUGCUCACUCCAUAUGAAGUAA